UGAUAUCUUUGUCAUUUACAAAUUACCUAUAGUUUUUAUCCAUAUAAGCUCAUGGUUUCAUUAGUCAGACAGUAAUGCAAUGGUAGAUCUUAAGUAGAAGCAGUAACAUAAAUCUGUAACAUAAGACUUAAUGAAUGGAAAUAACAAAUAUCUUAAAACAUUUUUCUAAUCUUAGUAAGCAAAUUAUCAGAUUUUUCUUUCUUCACUCCUGACUGUAUGAUCUAGCAUUGUUUGAUGUCAUGUUGCAGCAUUAUAAUUAAUUUUUGUAUACGAAUAUGUUUGCAUGAAAAUGAAUACAGCGACGUCGCACAACUGAAGAAAGAUACGCAAUCCAUACUCAAAAAUAUUCCGGUGUAUAAAGAUGUAGUAAAGAUGAACAAACAGUUGAAGAAUGAUAUAAAAUGGAUCCUAGAAGAGUCUCGUGGCCAAAAAGAAAUUUCAAGGAUUAUAAGACUGUUGAAACAUGAAGUUAAAGGAAUAUGUGGACGUACUGCAAAGGACUGCACCGAAUUAAAGAAAUCUAAAGCUAGCUCUGGUGUCUACAAAAUAUUUCCUAAGAAAACCAAAGGAGUUAAAGCUUAUUGUGAUAUGGAUACAGACAGUGGGGGGUGGACAGUUAUCCAGAAAAGAUAUGACGGUUCUGUUAACUUCCAGAGAACUUGGACAGAAUGCGAAAACGGGUUCGGUAACGUCAAUGGAGAAUAUUGGUUUGGCAACAAACAUAUUCACCGUUUGACGUCCAGUGGUACAUACGAGCUGAGAAUUGACCUCACUGGUAAAAGCAACAACAAGAAGUAUGCUAAAUAUAAGACAUUUGUUGUUGGAGAUCCAGCAUCACAGUACAAGCUGACUAUUGGAGGGUAUAGCGGUGAUGCAGGAGAUGCGUUAAAAUACCACAACGGAAUGAAAUUCUCUACUGUUGACAGGGAUAAUGAUUUACAAAGCAGUAUCAACUGUGCCAAUAAACAAGGACCGUGGUGGUUUCAAAGCUGUUCUAACAGUUCUCUGAACGGUCCAUCCAAAGACAAAUUGUUCUGGUAUCAAAUAAGCGGUCAUUACGUGAAGACGUCGGUGAUGAUGAUACGGAAGGUCUAGAUAAAUAAAAAUCAUUUAUAUAUA